AUGACUGCCCUGACCGUUUACACUGGCCCCUCACCUCCACAACUUCGCUUCUUCCUGACCACAUUCGACACCACGAGCACACCAACUUUGAUUUUUUGGGCCAGCAACACUUCUUCAUUCGUUGUACACACAUAUCAGAAGAAUAUCAUCAAUCCGAGAGCCUCGUUCUAUCUGACAAACUCCACAUCCGUUCGCUACCUUAGUCUACGCCGAUUCGUCCUUCCCAACUCGGGCUCGAACACACCACCGCUUUUCGUCAUGUCUAGCCACAGUAACUCACCGCCUCCUCCAGCAUACGAACUCCGAGAUAUGCGGCCAGGAAGCCCGGGCAUACCUGCAGUACCAGAUGCACCUGAAGCACCGGGCCAAAUCACGCCAGCUGAGGAAACGAGCGCCAAGAAAUACAAAGCGCUUACUUAG